AUGACAGAAAUCACAAGUCUAAGCUUAGACCUCAUAGAGUCAAUCCUGUGUUACCUCCCAAUUCCAACUCUGAUCCAAGCUUCAACAGUUUGCAAACUAUGGCACACAAUAAUCUCAUCAUCUUCCUUUUCUUCACACCACAAACACCGACACAAACCAUGGUUCUUCCUCCAUGCCUCUUCACUAUCCCAACAACACUUCCUUCAUUGGUUCAUUGGUAAUCUUGUUGAUAUAGAGGAUCGUUUGGAUGUUGAAAUCUAUGACCCUCUUUUGGGUUCUUGGGAUUUAGCUCCUCCUCUUCCUGCUGAUUUCAGAUCUGGAAACUCUUCAUCUUCACUCUCCUCAGCUUUGUUCCAAGGGAAGUUCUAUGUUUUUGGGAUAUAUUCAUGUUUUGUUUCUUCCUUUGAUUUGAAACUUGGUGUUUGGAGUGAUGUUAGGGUUGUUAGGCCUUCUGGGGUUGUGUUUUCUUUCUUGAUUUCUUGUAGGGAAAGUCUUGUUUUGGCUGGGGUUUGUAAUUCCUCAAGUGGGUCUAGCUUCACUUUGUGGGAGGUUGAUGAGAUGAGUAUGGAGAUUUGUGAGAUUUCUGUCAUGCCUCAUGAUUUGCUUUGUGGUUUGUUUGAUGGUGAUGAGGAUGAUAGAUUUGCUAGCUUGAAGUGUGUUGGAUUGGGUGAUCUUAUAUAUGUUUUCAAUGAGGAUUAUCAUAGGAUGUACCCGGCUUGUGUUUGCGAGAUUCGCCGGGGUCGUGGCGGGGAGAAGAGUGUUUCAUUGUAUAGCAUUCUGGGUGAAGGUCAACACCAUGGACUUCAUUGA